AUGAUUGACAAGAAGUUUGCAGUACUUUUACUUAUAUUAUUACUCACAUCAAACAUCAAUGCCUCUCCAUAUCUUGGAUUUAGAUUUGGACCAAAUCCAUGGUUAGUACCAAAACCUGUAGAUAAUUAUGGAUAUCAGAAACAAAAUAUUAUCAAUAGUAGAAUACCUUUUGGUUUUAUACAUCCUAAAGUGGUUGUAACAAGGAGUUUAUUAUCAUACCAAUGA